GCCUGAUCGAAUGGACAGACAAACUACGGACUUGUGUGUUGAGGGCGUUUCGAACGAGGAAGUGGUCUUGCCCAUUCACGCCACUCAGAGUUGGACGAAACCGCCGAGUGAACAAGACAAUGACGAUCCCGAACUUGCCCUGUUGAAUACAGACAGCCUAAGAGCGCGAUUGAAGGAGGCCAUGAGCAGAAUCUGCGAACUUGAGAAUGCCAAGACAGAGUUGAGUGUGCGUCUGCGUGAGCUGGAAGGCGUUAUGAUGUGUGAAGAUAAGCCGAUGGAUGUGAUGCCUCUUAGUUCUCGUGUGCCUGACCGGUCGAUGAAAGUGACGGACGAAGCUGAUGCACUGUCGAAGCACAACAAAGAGCUGAUGACAGAGGUAGACUUGUUACGAAGUAAGAUUUCAGAGCGCGUGACACUGUUGGACGAUGUGUGCAUGGAGAUGGAUGAGGUCAGAGGAUCACUGGGUUUCUUGUUGAAGCAGGUGAGAGAAUUGCGUGCAGCACAUGCUGAGGCGAAUGCUGACCGCGCCGAAAUGGCGAACAGAAUGAGUGAGUACGAACGGGUUUCACAUCGCCUGUGCGAAACAGUUGGUCGAUCCACGUCACCAGUGCAAGACAUCGACUAUGCACACGAAGGCUCGUCGACUGACCGUUGCACAUCAGACGGGUUGCGAGAGGAUUUGCAGCGUGCACUGGAUACACAAUCGUUCGAGCUGGAGGCAGUCACUGAGAAACUGAAAGAAUGUGAGUCAAUGAACAAUGCCCUGAUCUGUGAGUGUGAGUCGCUGAAGCGUCGUCUAGAGAGUUAUAUGACUGUGAUUACUGACUUGGAGAAUGAUGUGACCAAGACGAAAGCACUGUUGGCGUUUGUGGUUGACCAUAUAAGAGGUCUGCGUUCCGACUAUGGAGAUUGGUGCAGAGAGCACGAACAACGAGUGCAGGAGUGUUUAGAUGCCGUCACAACAGGGUUGUCCCAUGGUGUGGUUGAACACGUGGACCGUGAGUGUGAGACAAUGACAUGGCCAGAACACUUGGAGUCUACUGUUAUGCUUGAUAGCUUUGUGCGACUACAAGAGUCUCAUGAAGUGACGUCGAUGCAGAGAGGACAAGAUUGGGAUUCGGUAAGUGAGAUGAGCAGACUGUGCGACCGGAACCGUGAGCUGUCUGAGGAGCUCUGCAAGUGUCGAGACCUGUGUGAUAAGCAGGCAUCUGAGAUGGUGUUGAUGCAAACAGCUCUUCGUCAGGCAGUCGAACAGGCGUCAACUGCCCGAGAGGAACUGGAGGCCUAUAGACACGAGAAGGUUUGCGCAAUGUCAGAUCUGGAGAGUCAACUGUCUGCUUCUCGUGACGAGUGUUCUGCACUACGGGAUCAAGUGUGUCGGCUUGAGACAUCGAUGGAAGAGCAUUGCAACACAGUGUUGGCGAUAGCCAGUCGAGACUGGGAGUCGCGCGUAAACGAAAUUGUGAGAGAACGCGACACAGCCAUGAAAGAGUUGUUGGAACUGCGUAGUAGGUUGGAUAUGGCAGACGAUGUGGACGCCAGGUUGGCAAAAACAGUGUGCAGAAGUGACAUGGGAACUGACGUGCUAGAUCGUAUGAUUGAACGUGAUAUAGCUUUGUCAUCAGGGUUCACUAGUGAUACGAGAGAGACUGUGAGCGUGGGCGUUGGUAAAGAUGCAGAGGACGACGAGUCGAAUUGCAUGGUUGUUGACGGUUGGAGCGACUACUCCUCAGAAUGCAUACACGACGAGCACAAGCCUAGUGUGUCGGUUGGUUCUCCGACUAGACUUGUGAGUGUGGCGACUCAAGCGACAGACAGCGUGUCUUGGUUGGCUACUGACACAUUGUCAACUUCAGGAUUUACCGAUCAGUCGACCGUAGAUCAGUCGACCAGGAGUCCAGUGGAGAUGACGAGAGAGAAGCUAGUGAGUUCAAGUUUGUGUGAAGAUGAGUCGAAUGUGGUUGGUCAACUGCGCGAAGAGUUGACGUCUUGUUAUGAACAGAUAGUGAAGCUGUCUAGAUCGGUGGAGGAGAGUGAUGCUUCGUUGAUGGAUGUCCGGCGUUUGUUGACUGUGAAGGAGAGUGAAGUGGCGGAUCUGAGAGAGGAGAAGCGUCAUUUACGAGACGAAGUGAAUGAGUUGAGGGAGACUGUAGAGGCAGAACGACGUGAUUUGGACAUAAUGCGUGCAAAUAUGGAUGUGUUGGAGAGCAAGGAAGAGGUGUCGGCGAUGUGCGUGGAGUGUCGUGGACCGAACGUUGCUGCUGCUGCUGCUGCUGCUGCUGCUGCUGCUGCUGCUGUGGAGGAGGAGUGUGUGCAGACGGAGAUUGACGACGAAGUUUUUGACCUGGUGUCGACGUUGCAGCUCGAGGUUGCCCAUCUGCGUGAGGAAAAUGCGGCGACGUUGGCGGCUCUGGAGCGUUCACAGCUCGAGUUGAGCAUGAAACAGACCGAAGUGCAGGAACCGGAGUCACGUAUGAUGGUGAACGAGACAACUUGUUGGAUUCCUUGUGAGACUGUGAGAAAGGCGCCCGAUGUGGUUGUCCGUGAGUUGGCAGAGGUUGAUGACACAGACAGAGUGGAGGCAGACGUGUUUGCCGGAGUUCCUGACAUGCAGCUGGUGGAGACUGUUGCAAGCGACUCAGUGUCAGGCAUUGUGCCUGAUCGAAUGGACAGACAAACUACGGACUUGUGUGUUGAGGGCGUUUCGAACGAGGAAGUGGUCUUGCCCAUUCACGCCACUCAGAGUUGGACGAAACCGCCGAGUGAACAAGACAAUGACGAUCCCGAACUUGCCCUGUUGAAUACAGACAGCCUAAGAGCGCGAUUGAAGGAGGCCAUGAGCAGAAUCUGCGAACUUGAGAAUGCCAAGACAGAGUUGAGUGUGCGUCUGCGUGAGCUGGAAGGCGUUAUGAUGUGUGAAGAUAAGCCGAUGGAUGUGAUGCCUCUUAGUUCUCGUGUGCCUGACCGGUCGAUGAAAGUGACGGACGAAGCUGAUGCACUGUCGAAGCACAACAAAGAGCUGAUGACAGAGGUAGACUUGUUACGAAGUAAGAUUUCAGAGCGCGUGACACUGUUGGACGAUGUGUGCAUGGAGAUGGAUGAGGUCAGAGGAUCACUGGGUUUCUUGUUGAAGCAGGUGAGAGAAUUGCGUGCAGCACAUGCUGAGGCGAAUGCUGACCGCGCCGAAAUGGCGAACAGAAUGAGUGAGUACGAACGGGUUUCACAUCGCCUGUGCGAAACAGUUGGUCGAUCCACGUCACCAGUGCAAGACAUCGACUAUGCACACGAAGGCUCGUCGACUGACCGUUGCACAUCAGACGGGUUGCGAGAGGAUUUGCAGCGUGCACUGGAUACACAAUCGUUCGAGCUGGAGGCAGUCACUGAGAAACUGAAAGAAUGUGAGUCAAUGAACAAUGCCCUGAUCUGUGAGUGUGAGUCGCUGAAGCGUCGUCUAGAGAGUUAUAUGACUGUGAUUACUGACUUGGAGAAUGAUGUGACCAAGACGAAAGCACUGUUGGCGUUUGUGGUUGACCAUAUAAGAGGUCUGCGUUCCGACUAUGGAGAUUGGUGCAGAGAGCACGAACAACGAGUGCAGGAGUGUUUAGAUGCCGUCACAACAGGGUUGUCCCAUGGUGUGGUUGAACACGUGGACCGUGAGUGUGAGACAAUGACAUGGCCAGAACACUUGGAGUCUACUGUUAUGCUUGAUAGCUUUGUGCGACUACAAGAGUCUCAUGAAGUGACGUCGAUGCAGAGAGGACAAGAUUGGGAUUCGGUAAGUGAGAUGAGCAGACUGUGCGACCGGAACCGUGAGCUGUCUGAGGAGCUCUGCAAGUGUCGAGACCUGUGUGAUAAGCAGGCAUCUGAGAUGGUGUUGAUGCAAACAGCUCUUCGUCAGGCAGUCGAACAGGCGUCAACUGCCCGAGAGGAACUGGAGGCCUAUAGACACGAGAAGGUUUGCGCAAUGUCAGAUCUGGAGAGUCAACUGUCUGCUUCUCGUGACGAGUGUUCUGCACUACGGGAUCAAGUGUGUCGGCUUGAGACAUCGAUGGAAGAGCAUUGCAACACAGUGUUGGCGAUAGCCAGUCGAGACUGGGAGUCGCGCGUAAACGAAAUUGUGAGAGAACGCGACACAGCCAUGAAAGAGUUGUUGGAACUGCGUAGUAGGUUGGAUAUGGCAGACGAUGUGGACGCCAGGUUGGCAAAAACAGUGUGCAGAAGUGACAUGGGAACUGACGUGCUAGAUCGUAUGAUUGAACGUGAUAUAGCUUUGUCAUCAGGGUUCACUAGUGAUACGAGAGAGACUGUGAGCGUGGGCGUUGGUAAAGAUGCAGAGGACGACGAGUCGAAUUGCAUGGUUGUUGACGGUUGGAGCGACUACUCCUCAGAAUGCAUACACGACGAGCACAAGCCUAGUGUGUCGGUUGGUUCUCCGACUAGACUUGUGAGUGUGGCGACUCAAGCGACAGACAGCGUGUCUUGGUUGGCUACUGACACAUUGUCAACUUCAGGAUUUACCGAUCAGUCGACCGUAGAUCAGUCGACCAGGAGUCCAGUGGAGAUGACGAGAGAGAAGCUAGUGAGUUCAAGUUUGUGUGAAGAUGAGUCGAAUGUGGUUGGUCAACUGCGCGAAGAGUUGACGUCUUGUUAUGAACAGAUAGUGAAGCUGUCUAGAUCGGUGGAGGAGAGUGAUGCUUCGUUGAUGGAUGUCCGGCGUUUGUUGACUGUGAAGGAGAGUGAAGUGGCGGAUCUGAGAGAGGAGAAGCGUCAUUUACGAGACGAAGUGAAUGAGUUGAGGGAGACUGUAGAGGCAGAACGACGUGAUUUGGACAUAAUGCGUGCAAAUAUGGAUGUGUUGGAGAGCAAGGAAGAGGUGUCGGCGAUGUGCGUGGAGUGUCGUGGACCGAACGUUGCUGCUGCUGCUGCUGUGGAGGAGGAGUGUGUGCAGACGGAGAUUGACGACGAAGUUUUUGACCUGGUGUCGACGUUGCAGCUCGAGGUUGCCCAUCUGCGUGAGGAAAAUGCGGCGACGUUGGCGGCUCUGGAGCGUUCACAGCUCGAGUUGAGCAUGAAACAGACCGAAGUGCAGGAACCGGAGUCACGUAUGAUGGUGAACGAGACAACUUGUUGGAUUCCUUGUGAGACUGUGAGAAAGGCGCCCGAUGUGGUUGUCCGUGAGUUGGCAGAGGUUGAUGACACAGACAGAGUGGAGGCAGACGUGUUUGCCGGAGUUCCUGACAUGCAGCUGGUGGAGACUGUUGCAAGCGACUCAGUGUCAGGCAUUGUGCCUGAUCGAAUGGACAGACAAACUACGGACUUGUGUGUUGAGGGCGUUUCGAACGAGGAAGUGGUCUUGCCCAUUCACGCCACUCAGAGUUGGACGAAACCGCCGAGUGAACAAGACAAUGACGAUCCCGAACUUGCCCUGUUGAAUACAGACAGCCUAAGAGCGCGAUUGAAGGAGGCCAUGAGCAGAAUCUGCGAACUUGAGAAUGCCAAGACAGAGUUGAGUGUGCGUCUGCGUGAGCUGGAAGGCGUUAUGAUGUGUGAAGAUAAGCCGAUGGAUGUGAUGCCUCUUAGUUCUCGUGUGCCUGACCGGUCGAUGAAAGUGACGGACGAAGCUGAUGCACUGUCGAAGCACAACAAAGAGCUGAUGACAGAGGUAGACUUGUUACGAAGUAAGAUUUCAGAGCGCGUGACACUGUUGGACGAUGUGUGCAUGGAGAUGGAUGAGGUCAGAGGAUCACUGGGUUUCUUGUUGAAGCAGGUGAGAGAAUUGCGUGCAGCACAUGCUGAGGCGAAUGCUGACCGCGCCGAAAUGGCGAACAGAAUGAGUGAGUACGAACGGGUUUCACAUCGCCUGUGCGAAACAGUUGGUCGAUCCACGUCACCAGUGCAAGACAUCGACUAUGCACACGAAGGCUCGUCGACUGACCGUUGCACAUCAGACGGGUUGCGAGAGGAUUUGCAGCGUGCACUGGAUACACAAUCGUUCGAGCUGGAGGCAGUCACUGAGAAACUGAAAGAAUGUGAGUCAAUGAACAAUGCCCUGAUCUGUGAGUGUGAGUCGCUGAAGCGUCGUCUAGAGAGUUAUAUGACUGUGAUUACUGACUUGGAGAAUGAUGUGACCAAGACGAAAGCACUGUUGGCGUUUGUGGUUGACCAUAUAAGAGGUCUGCGUUCCGACUAUGGAGAUUGGUGCAGAGAGCACGAACAACGAGUGCAGGAGUGUUUAGAUGCCGUCACAACAGGGUUGUCCCAUGGUGUGGUUGAACACGUGGACCGUGAGUGUGAGACAAUGACAUGGCCAGAACACUUGGAGUCUACUGUUAUGCUUGAUAGCUUUGUGCGACUACAAGAGUCUCAUGAAGUGACGUCGAUGCAGAGAGGACAAGAUUGGGAUUCGGUAAGUGAGAUGAGCAGACUGUGCGACCGGAACCGUGAGCUGUCUGAGGAGCUCUGCAAGUGUCGAGACCUGUGUGAUAAGCAGGCAUCUGAGAUGGUGUUGAUGCAAACAGCUCUUCGUCAGGCAGUCGAACAGGCGUCAACUGCCCGAGAGGAACUGGAGGCCUAUAGACACGAGAAGGUUUGCGCAAUGUCAGAUCUGGAGAGUCAACUGUCUGCUUCUCGUGACGAGUGUUCUGCACUACGGGAUCAAGUGUGUCGGCUUGAGACAUCGAUGGAAGAGCAUUGCAACACAGUGUUGGCGAUAGCCAGUCGAGACUGGGAGUCGCGCGUAAAACGAAAUUGUGAGAGAACGCGACACAGCCAUGAAAGAGUUGUUGGAACUGCGUAGUAGGUUGGAUAUGGCAGACGAUGUGGACGCCAGGUUGGCAAAAACAGUGUGCAGAAGUGACAUGGGAACUGACGUGCUAGAUCGUAUGAUUGAACGUGAUAUAGCUUUGUCAUCAGGGUUCACUAGUGAUACGAGAGAGACUGUGAGAGUGGGCGUUGGUAAAGAUGCAGAGGACGACGAGUCGAAUUGCAUGGUUGUUGACGGUUGGAGCGACUACUCCUCAGAAUGCAUACACGACGAGCACAAGCCUAGUGUGUCGGUUGGUUCUCCGACUAGACUUGUGAGUGUGGCGACUCAAGCGACAGACAGCGUGUCUUGGUUGGCUACUGACACAUUGUCAACUUCAGGAUUUACCGAUCAGUCGACCGUAGAUCAGUCGACCAGGAGUCCAGUGGAGAUGACGAGAGAGAAGCUAGUGAGUUCAAGUUUGUGUGAAGAUGAGUCGAAUGUGGUUGGUCAACUGCGCGAAGAGUUGACGUCUUGUUAUGAACAGAUAGUGAAGCUGUCUAGAUCGGUGGAGGAGAGUGAUGCUUCGUUGAUGGAUGUCCGGCGUUUGUUGACUGUGAAGGAGAGUGAAGUGGCGGAUCUGAGAGAGGAGAAGCGUCAUUUACGAGACGAAGUGAAUGAGUUGAGGGAGACUGUAGAGGCAGAACGACGUGAUUUGGACAUAAUGCGUGCAAAUAUGGAUGUGUUGGAGAGCAAGGAAGUGGUGUCUGAUAUACGUUCUCAUCGUGUUCUUUUUUCAGAUCGACUUGGUUUUUGUGAUAGUGCUGACGUCGACGGUGCACAUAGUAUAUUUUUGCAUGAUGAGCUUUCUGAUCUUAAGCAGAAAUUUUCAAGAAUUUCAAUGUCGUUAGCGUUUGCUACGGAUUUUGUUGAUUUAUGUAUGAAGUUACUAUCAGUUUUUGUAAAUUUACUUUUGGAUUUAUCUAGAUUUUCAAAUACCAAUUUUGAUCGUAUAUUGUGUGCUGAUUUUAUAGAUCUUUUGUCAGAUAUUGUUUCUUUUUCAAAAUCUUCUAAUUUUGUUGAUGUUUUUGGUGAUUAUUCUAAUAGUUUGACAUAUUUCAGUAAUCUACAUGAAUUACUGUUAUCCGGUUGUCUAUCUUCCUGUAGUUUAUGUAAAAUCCAAGACGUUUGUCAUCGUAGUUUUAUAUGUAAUUUAUGUAUUCGUUGUAUUUCUUCUAUCCAACAUCCUGAUGUUUACAAUGACAUAUUAAAAGCACAAUAUCCUCACAUUAAUCCAAUGAAUGGUACCGAUGAUAAUGAUCAUGAUGAUCAUGAUCAUGAUGUGAACGCUUCUGGUGAUUUGUUAUCUGAUCAUCAUUCUAAUACAAUUUAUCCACAAUUUAUAUUACAACAAUCAAUAUCUAAUGAAACUCAACAAAUUGAUCUUGAACAUCAACUUCUUAUUGCUAAAUCAGAAAUAAAUCGAUUAUCUCAUCUAUUAUAUAAUAUAAGACUAAAUAGACAUCAUGAACAAGAAGAAGUC